CGCUUUGCAGAUGAGAGUUUCGCCAAACAAACAGCAGGCAUGAGUGCAGAUGCAGUUUUCUCUCUUCAAAACCAGUCCAGCGCCGUUGACUAUACUGGGAAGGUCCCUGUGGAGCACCUGGACUAUGAUUACAUAGAAAAAUGUAAAGAUGUGAAAUACCUGGAGAAGAUCUUGAAAGUACUGAGGUCUGGUGACGAGGGCAUUUAUCCUCAUCUGAUCAAGUUCUGUGAGAGUCACUUGCACAAACUGCACCCUCGGAGCCCAGCCCUAAGGAAGGAAAACCUUGUUGCAACAGCAGCCAGCCUUUCUAAAGAUGAGUGGAGCCAAAUUGUUGAUGAGUUGAAGACAUGGCAAGAAGAAACCAAAAAAACUGAAACUUCACUGAAGCAGCAGUCAAUGUUCGAUGAUCUGGUGAAGGAAAAUAUGCCACCUAUAAGAGGUUCCAAUUGCUCCAUUCCACUUAGUCAGACUUCACCGAAAGAGAAGAGGAAUUCUUCAAAAUGCGCUCUCCCACGUGAUUAUCGAGAAUGGGACAAGUUUGAUGUUGAAAGAGAAUGUGAAAUGAUUGAUGGGAGUGUAGUCAAAAAUGAUCCACCAGCCAUUAGAAUCACAGGACAUUCUAAAAUCAGGACAAAAGUGGACACCUCAUUGCUGACACAACAGGAGAAGGUCUUCCUGGCAAAUCGUGAAAAGGAGAAAGGCAAUGAAGCUUUCAGAUCAAACGAUUAUGAGGAGGCAGUUGCAUAUUAUUCCAGGAGUCUUUCCAUUAUACCAACUGUGGCUGCAUACAACAACAGAGCCCAGGCAGAGAUCAAUCUCAAGCACUGGCACAAUGCCAUGACGGACUGCCAGAGUGUACUCAAACUGGAACCAGGCAAUAUGAAAGCCCUGCUACGUCGUGCCGCUUUACGCAAGCACAUGGGCCAAUUCCAACUGGCUGUUGAAGACCUGAGGAUGGUACUUAUGAAAGAGCCACACAAUGCUGCAGCCACACAACUUCUGACUGAAACUGAGAAGCUCGUGGGAAGUCAGCAAGAGCAGAAAAGCAAAGGCAAAAAAAUACUCAUCCAAGAAGUUCAAGAAGAAGAUGACAACAAUAAUGAUGAGACAAAAGCAGAAGCUUUCCUGGUUGAACCCAGCCAGCCUGUGGGAGGGGAGGAGAACUCAGCUGCUCCUGCGGAAAGGGGAGACAUGGGUAACGCUCAAAAAAAGCCCCACGGCAGAGGGGACGGGGGUCCACACAGUGAGUCCAACAGUUCUCACGCAGGACACUGGAGGAGCAAAGGAGGCAGCUCAGACAAAUACAAAGUCACGCAGGAGUCUAAGGAAAAGGUAGCCAAUGGAACAAGCAAGAGAGGCUCGACAGCUUCAGUCCAGGCUGAUCAGAGCAGCAGCGGUAAGGGAACGCCGGUUGGAGGAACUGCAGGGGAAACUAUCAACCUUGAUGCUCCAUGUGGAGCCCUGCCCCCACCUCUGGCCCGCCUAAAAAAUGAAGGAAACCUGCUGUUUAAAAAUGGACAGUUUGCCGAUGCACUGGAGAAAUACUCACUAGCUAUUCAAGGCUACACUGAUUCAGGUAUUGAUAGUCCAGAGGAUCUAUGUAUUCUGUAUUCUAACAGAGCAGCUUGCUACUUGAAAGAUGGCAACAGUCAAGACUGCAUACAGGACUGCACAAGAGCUCUGGAGCUGCAGCCAUUCUCCCUAAAGCCCCUCCUGCGCCGGGCCAUGGCUUAUGAGUCCCUGGAGCGCUACCGAAAGGCCUACGUGGAUUACAAGACAGUCCUGCAGAUAGAUAUCAGUGUGCAGGCAGCACAUGACAGCGUCAACAGGAUCACCAAGGUACUGAUUGAGCAGGACGGUGCAGAGUGGAGAGAGAAACUUCCGGAGAUUCCCCUGGUGCCUCUGUCAGCACAGCAGCACCGCAGAGAGGAGCCGCCUAGUACAGAGGUUCUCCAGGCCCGAGCAGAGAAGGCAGCCAGGGAUGCAGAAAGAAAAGCAGAAAUUCGUUUUACAGCUUUGAAGCAAGAGGGGAAUGACUUUGUGAAGAAGGGCCAAUACCAGGAUGCACUGGGAAAGUACACUGAAUGCCUUAAGAUAAAGCCAGAAGAGUGUGCUAUCUACACUAACAGAGCCCUGUGCUACUUGAAGCAGGAGAGGUUUACUGAGGCCAAACAGGACUGUGAUGCAGCACUGAAACUGGAGCCAACCAAUAAGAAAGCCUUCUACAGACGAGCCCUGGCCAAUAAAGGCCUUAAGGACUACCUGGCCUGCAGCUCUGACCUGCAGGAGGUGCUGCAUCAAGAUCCCAACGUGCAGGAGGCUGAGAAGGAGCUGGAGGAAGUCACAGUUCUGCUCAGACAGAGUCUGGCCAACACCUCACCAGCCAAGUCCCGGAGGACUGUCCCCAUCACAGAGGUUGAAGGUGAUGAGGAAACCACAGCUGUUCCUAACUCAGAGGGCAGCUGCAGAGGAGACGACAUCACCAUCAACCUCUAUCCGACCAACGUCUACGAGUUCGGCCAGGCUCUGAAUGCGGCCCGCUGUAGUGGAAACACGGUGGCCUGCGCUGACCUGCUGGCCUCCACAUCCUCAGAGAUGCUUCCACAGUACCUGAGCAGCCAGCUGGAUGGACACACCAUCAGCUUCAUCAUGCAGGUGCUGGACUCCCACCUCCUGGAGAAAGACCCCAACCUAGUCUACCAACACCUCAACCAUUUGCACACCGCUGACAGGUUCUCGACUGUACUCAUGCUGCUGGAGAAGGAUGAGCGUCGCCACAUGACUCAUCUGUUUGAGCAUCUGUCAGCCACGGAGAGCACAGAGUUCACUAAGAAUGAUGUUCAGAACCUAGCCAACAAAUACAUCUGACCCUCCUGCCCCUGCUCCCUGUUGCAUGAGCUGCUGUACCACUACAACUCUUGGAUCUAUGCAAAACACUGCACAAGAACUGAGUAAACAAAGGCAGGAAGCUGUAGAAUGUGGCCCAGGGCAAAACAAUGGAACCGAGUCACAUUCACUCUACUGAUCUGUACUGUAAAUAAUCACCGUAUGUUUGAAUGACAGGAUAAGGAAUUUUUCUCUGGAAUAUUUUGCUAUGCAGAUUUACUUUUGUACCACCACUAACUACUUGCAUUGUACAACAGGCAGACAUUGGGAUACUGUGGACCUUUAACUUAAGUGUGUUGAUUAAUAGGGUCCAAUGUACAAAGUUAUGUAAGGCUACAGGCAAGUGUUUCCCUCUACAAGCUGUAGCAUUUGCUCAGGACAAGACCAUGUUCACAAAAUUGUGCUCAGUUGAUCUGGUCAGUCUUUUGAUAUCAGAAAUAAAUGAGCAGACACUAGCUAAGAUCAGAAAUGAUAUUUAUUCAGUGCAUCCUGAAUAUUACCUAGCAGAGGAACAAGUGAGGUCAUUUGGUCCUGAGAUAAUUAAGACGUCCCUUGCAGUGGAACAAAACCAUAAGAUAAAGUAACUUUAACUAUUUUAUUAUGACCAUAUGAACUGUAUUAUCUCUGAGGACGAAAUAGGCCUUCAUGACAUCUUGUUGCUGUUCUGUGCAGUACGGUAACAGUAUCUGUUGGACUGGUAUUUACUGACGAUGCUGUACGAGAAAAUACAGUUUGUAACCUUACAUGACUGAGAUGCUCUCUCUUGUUCAUUCAGCUAUGCAGUUAGCAUAUCUGGGUUCUAAUGUAAAAUCACAUUUGAAAGGCUGGUGUUUGUCUUCUGAAAAAGUCAUUCACCCUUUUUGUUUACCAAAUUAGCCUGCCAGGCAACACACAUCUGCACAUUCAUCUUCACAGCAGUUCAGCCAUGCAGGAGUGUACACACUGGAGAGAAGCAGCAUCUUAAUGAGAUGUGUGCCUUGACUAUGGGCUGCUUACAUUUUGGUGAGUGUACAGAUUACAUUCCUAAAGAGAGAGUAUAUUUAUGUCAUUCAGUAGCUUUAAUCAAAUUGUUAAAUGGCUUGGAUUUACAUCAUAAAUUAUACAUAUAUUCACUUAGCUACAUGCACGUCAUUGUUUUAAAUGUGUCAUUUAUUUGUUAAUAUAAAUACAUUCUAUCCAUGUAUUUACCUAUUGAAUAAUCCAGUCAUUGAAGACUGCCUGAAUCCAAACCAAUUUUUGUUUUCAAAUGUUUUCUCUGCUCUACAUGAAUGUACCAAAUUUAGUUCAGGGUGACAAGUUGGCGGGCAAGGGACGAUAAUUACACCUUCUAGAUUCUCCUCAUUGUGGUUUGAAAUUAUAUUUCAGUAGAUAUGUAAACUGUGUACAAUACUAAUAGGGCUAUUCAAUAAACUGGAAAUAAGUA